AUGAAUGGUAAUCAUGAUGAUAUGAAGACCCAUAAUGAUUCGAAAGCAAAACAUGGAAAGAUAAGCACACCAGGCACACCAGUGAGAAGUAAAAGUCCAACCCUUCCAAAGGAGAAGGGAACUAAGAGUUCGGAAAGAAUGAGAGAAUCAUGGAAAACACCAGAGGAAUAUAAAUCAAAAGCAUGGACCAAGCCAUCAGCUUGGGGUGCAUCUAAAAUGGAUAGAUUUAAGGAUUCUAAACAAGAGGCUCCUCCAGCAACCAAGUACAAUCUCAACUUGUCAUCACUUGAAAUUAAGGAAUUCAAUUCCAUGUUCAAGUCUCAAAGCCCAAGAUUUAAAGAUGCUCGAGUAGAAACACCUCCUGCCACAAAGUACUCUGUCUUUGAUCCUAAUCUUUCAAAGAAAGGAGAUUUAACUUCAACUUGCUUUAAAACAACAACUAAAAGAGAAUAUGAAACAGAAAUCAAACCUAAAUCUCCAGGUCCUCUGGUAUAUGAGCCAGUCAUUCAAGCAAUAGAUGCCAAGAAGGCUGUAGUUUCUUCUUUUAGAUCCUCCUUUGAUCGAUUCAGGGAGAAAACCCCAUCAUCCCCACCUUCAACAAAAUACAAUACAGCAACUUCAUCUUUUAGCACUGUAAAAAAGGAAGCAACUUCAUUCGGAUCAACUUCUCCAAGAUUUGAUAAGGUUAGAACACAAGCUCCACCAGCCACAAAGUAUGAUACAAGCAAGUAUUCCGAUUUCAACAAAACAAAUUCUCCUAACAAUGCUGGAUCUGCUCAAUUCCGUUCGUCUACUGAUAGAUUCUUCAGAGCAUCUGAGAAAGCAGCAAAAUUAACACCACCAGCAACAAAAUACACCAUUCCAAGCAAUUUAGAUGAAAUUAUUUCGAGACCACCAACAAGGAAGUAA